UUUUAAAACGAAGUAUAUUAGAAAUAGAUUUGAAUAUUGUUGAAAAUCAUAAUUUUGAUAUUACGGAGAAAGUAAUCGCAAGGUAUUGCGAUACCAUCUGUGUACGUUUUCUUUUCAUUUAUUUACAGAACAAUAAUACCACUUAUUAAAAAAUGCCGCAAACGAAUGGAAUUGAAGCAUACAAAGGAGAAAUCGAUUACAAGCAUUCAUCAAGUUGUUAGAAAAACUAGAUCUGCAAUUUUUCUUUGUAACGACAGGUACUUUUCUCGAAGACACUUAUAUAAUUGAAACGACUACUUUCGCUUGUCGAUUUGAUAAAUGUCUAGUUUUCUUGGGAAUCUUUACAAGAAUGUUAAACAAUUGUUCCAUGUAUCUACACAUGAGAGGUUAUUAAAACUAACAAUUGUAUUUUUUUAAAGUAAUUUACUAAUUUGAAAAUUAAUGUAUGACUGUACACAAACAAGGAAAAUCAGAUUUAUGCAAAAAUAAAAUGAAUACGAAGUGUCGUAUUAAUGCAUGGAAAUAUUAUUUGCUUUCCUCACUGCUAAGUUUUGAAAUUUUUCGCGUCGGUCAAGUUAAUUGUCACGUAGUUGAUGGAGUAGCAUUGAAUCUUGUUGUCAAUGCUUCUACUACUUUGUUUUUCCCCUCAGCAGCAAUAAGUUUACUACUUUGCAGUAAAUCAGAUGAUCAGUUCACCUUCUCAAGGAGUCUCUCAAAAAAUGAUAUUCUUCAUAAUUAUUUAAGUUUCGAUGAUUUUCACAAUAUUGAUUUUCCUUUGCACCAAACCAUAAUUUUUCUUGAUUUAAAAUGUCCUCGAGCAUCAGAGGUUCUGCUAAAGGCAAACAACUCGGAAAUGUUUUCAGCUCCAUAUAAAUGGAUUAUACUCCAAGAUGUUGAAGACUUAAAUGGCAAUUGUACAGAUAACUGCGUGUUAGAACAAUUCAAAAGUUAUAAUAUGUAUCCCGAUAGUAAUGUCUUAAUUUUACAAAAAUUAACAAAAAAAUUUAUACGAAUUUUAUCAAUAUAUCGACCAAGUUCAGUACGAAAUAUGAUAGUUGAAAAUCUCGGACAUUGGAGUAGUACUGACGGCAUGAAGUGGUACAAUAUGAAAAUUGUUUCACAUAGAAGAAAAAACCUUCAAAAAACUCCCUUGAAGUCAAGCCUUGUGAUAACAAAUCCUGACACCCUAAAUCACUUGACUGAUUAUCAAGACAAACACAUAGAUACGAUCACAAAAUGUAAUUUUGUAUGGCUUCAUCAUCUUGUUGAUGCAAUGAAUGCAACAGUUACAUAUAGUACAGUUAAUACUUGGGGAUAUCGUGACAAAAAUGGUUCGUGGACUGGGAUGACUGGGCAGCUGAGCCGCAAGGAGAUUGAUUUCGGAGGAACGUCAAUGUUCAUCAUUGGCGACAGAUGGAACGAAGUUCAUUUUAUUCCUUUGUCCACCCCUACCCAACAAAAAUUCAUAUUUCGGCAACCGCCUCUGUCUUUCGUCAGUAAUUUGUUCACCCUACCAUUCCGUCGAUCCGUAUGGAUAGCGAUCGGUGUAUUUCUGCUGCUAAUUUUCGUAAUGCUCUUUCUUGCUAUAAAAUGGGAAUGGAGGAAAACGUACGCCGACAGAGAAUUCAGCGAAAAUGAGCCUGAGCCAACGUUGAGCGAUCAAAUCUUAUUAAUAAUAGGCGUUUGCGCACAACAAGGCUUUGGACGUAGUCCACAUACGGUGCCCUCGCGAGUAGUCCUGCUGAUGCUUUUACUGGCUGUUUUAAAUUUGUAUGCUUCGUAUUCGGCCAACAUCGUCGCUCUGCUACAAUCUACGACGAUGUCGAUAAGAACCUUGAAAGAUCUGCUGGAAAGCCCUAUAAAAUGCGGGGCCAAUGAUAUCGUUUACAACCGACAUUAUUUCAAAAUAGAAAAGGAUCCAGUGAAACGAGCUAUUAUCGAGAAGAAGAUCGAACCGAAAGGCAGUAAACCCAAUUGGAUGACUCCGGAAGAAGGGAUUGCUCAAGUGCGUCAAGGAUUCUUUGCAUUUCUCAUUGAAACUGGUCCAGGGUAUAAAAUACUUCAAGAAACUUUUGAAGAGGAUGAAAAAUGCGGAUUUCGCGAAAUGAAUUUCAUUGAUCAUUUUGAUCCGCUGUUUGCUAUCGUUAAACGCUCCCCGUUACAAGAAAUUAUAAGAGUAAAUUCGUUGAAAAUUUGGGAGUCGGGGUUGAAAUCUAGAGAAGUGUCACGUUUUUAUACUAAGCGACCAUCUUGCAACGGACGCAAUAAGUUUGUUAGUGUUGGGAUAAGUGAAUGUUAUUUUGCAUUCUACAUAAUCGGUUCCGGCAUGUUAUUUGCUAUUUUAUUAUUUCUCGUCGAAAUCAUAUGGUGGAAAAGUGAAAGAAAAUAUGCUAGUACAGUGAAUCGGCUAAAAAAGAUGCGAUCAGCUGUCGAUGCGAAGUCAGCGUGGUCGCCGUGCACUUGGGCGUAUGUGCUCACGUCGGUCUCUACGGCGCGACUUCCGUCAACGUGCAUCUGA